UGUAUAUUUAAUAUAAACUUUCAAGUUCCAAAUCAAAGAUGUCUAUAAAUUUACAUUCAACUUUAACGGGCUAAUCUACUUACUUUUCAACGACCCGGCAGCGUUGCCACACAGUCACAUUUGGCUGUCAUUUUUAAACAUUCGUUCAGCAAAGGCUUGAAGAAAAGUCAACUCUUGUCAAAUAAAAUAUAAGGACAAUCUAAACUAAGCCAACAAAUUGACGAUUUUUUAAAAUAUCAAUAAUAAUUUUAAUUUUAAUAUAUAUAUAUAAAAAAAAAGAAGAAAACUAUGGGAGCUGAGCAAUCGGCUUUGUUAGCUUGCACUCAAACGGGCAAGCCGGAAAGUCCGCUGAACUUGGAAAAUUCUAAACAAUUCUUUCAAUUGUAUUUCGAUAGAAUGCCUGAGCCUAAAACAGGACCCGUUACAGAGGCGUUGCUGCAUUUGAUAAUGAAUGCACCACAUCCGAAUCUAGUAGAGUUCAGGGAGCGCGCCAACUGGGCGAAUCAGCAGGAACAGGAUUCGGGCUAUGAGAACGAUGAGCUGGAAAUGGAAGAGUCUAGUGAGGCGGACGAGGAGGAGCAGGACAUCGAUAUGAUCUCCGUGGAAGAGGAGCAAACAGUUGAUCAAUUAUCGGAGAGUGGAAUGAGCACGGCAUCGAGUUCAACUACUUAUGAUAACCGCAAUAUUGAUGAGAGCAACGUUCAGCUGAUUCCAUUGGAAUUCGUCAAUCUGCAGCCCUUCGAGAGUCCCAAUAUAGAUGAUCCACAGCUGGAAUUCGAGAAGGAGUUCAUAAUAAGCAUUGCCGACUUGAAUGAAGAAUUAUCAUAGUCUAAUUAUUACAUAAAUUAAAAAAUUAUGUACAUGUUUCUUCUCCUA